GUCAAGACGGAGGCCACUAUGCCAGCCGCUGAGAAGAAGAGGAAAGCGGAGGAGAAGGCCAAGGAGCAUGCCAAGAAAAGGGAAGAUGAAGAAGAGGAAGAAGUGAAGAAGAAAAAGAAAGCAGCUGACAAUAAGAAAGAAGAACGUGAGGAGAAGAAGAAGCAAGCCGCUCACAAGAAAAAAGAUGAGGAAGAGCAGGAGAAGAAGAAGGAAGCAGCUGACAAGAAGAAAAAAGAUGAGGAAGAGCUGCAGAAAAAGAAAAAGGAAGCAGCUGACAAGAAGAAGGCAGCAAAGGAGAAGGAACUGAAGAAGCAGAAUGCAGAGGAGAAGGCGAUGAAGAAGAAACAAGAGGAGCAGGAAUUGAAGCGGAAGCAAAAGGAAGCAGCUGAGGAGAAGAAGAAGAAGGAAGAAGUGGAGGCAUUAAAGAAAAGGAAGGCAGCUGAAGCUGAGAAAAAGAAAGAAGAAGAAGAAGCACAGAAGAAAAAAAAGGAAGAGAAGGAAUUGAAGACGAAGAGAAAGGAAGCAGCUGAGAAGAAGAAGAAGAAGGAUGAAGAGCAGAAGGCAAAGGAGGAAGCCAUGAAGAAGAAGGAGGAGGAGGAAGAGGAAAGCUCAGACGAGUCAAACACGGACACCGAUGAAGGGUCGGAAGAGGAAGAGGAAGAUAAAGGUUCAGCUGAAGAGAAUGCCUCAAGCCCAAGCUGCAGUGAGGAGGAAGAAGAAGAAGAGGUAGAGGAAGCGGAAGAGGCAAGUGAUGAGGAAAGUGGAAAGGGAGAAGAAGAAGAAGAGGAGGAUGAACCGAGUGGAUCCAGCGAUGGUGAAGCAACAGAAGAUGAAGCGGAUGAAGAAGAUGGCGAAGAAAUGGAAACUGCGGAGGAGGGAAGUGAGGAGGAGGAAGAGGAAGAAGAAGAUGCAGCGGAGGAUGAGGGCUCUGAAGAAGAUGUCGAAGAAGAGGAUGAAGCAGCCGGGGCAGACAAAGCUGAAGGCAAGAAAGGCAAGAAGAAAAAGGAGAAAGAGGCAGGGACCAGUUUAGCCGAGACUGAGGAAGAGAAGCUCAAUUCAGUGACAGCAAACGCAGACUGGCAGUCAUUUGGCCGGUGGUUGAGAAACAAAAAGUCUUGCCCUGCCAGCAUAGUGGCAGCAUGCAAGAACCCAGAAAGCCGUCAGCGGAUUUUCGAAGACUACUGCAAAACUGGUCGUAACAAAAAGGAUGUGACGUUCCGACACGAAAGACGGUUAGAAGAGUCUCAGAGAACAAAGCUGAAGUACGGCUUUCGCAACUCCACUUGGAUCAUCAAGCAGCACGGCCAAGAGCGUGCGGAGAAGAAAAUGGAACGGAAGAAGACUGUGCAGAACCCGGAGUUGCCGGACGAUCCUACAGAGUUGCUGUUCUUCGUGCUUGUAGAGCUUAACGUGGAAAACAUUGCAGAACUCAAGCGGAUCACCUCACUCGAGAUGGAGGGCACCCCUGAUUCAGACCAACUCAAACAGUUUGUUGAGGCGGGCGGCGUUUUGAAUGGCGACCAGCAUCUUCAAGUUGGGAACCUCGUCAGCGCCGAAGGGAAGCAGAAGCUGACGGCAGCUAUGGCCAGUGUGAACCCUGGUAAGAAACCAAGGCCCAGAAAAGGUGGUGAGACCAAGGGGGAUGAAAAGGAUCCCAAGGAAGUUGUCCCCAAAACUCCUUUGGAAAGGGCUGCCACCUUGCAAAACCAAGUGUUGAGCAAGGCGAACCAAUGCCGAGACCAAGCUUUCAAGCUUCGCCCGCUGAAAGUAUCAGGUGAGUUGAUCGACCAGCUAAGAGCUAUGGAUUCCAAGCUUCAGGACCUUGCUGGGAGCCUCCAGGAGUUGAUCCGGAAGAAGAAGAACAAGAAUAAAUACUACGUUGAAUUGGUCAAGGAGGUUGAAGAAGCGAGCGCGCUGGCAUCGGAGAGGGUCGAACUGGCCCGAGCGCUUUUGAGGGCAAGUGAGAAAUCAUCCAAGCCCAAGGCUAAGUCCGCCCCCAAGGGAAAGGCAAAAGCUGCUGGGAAAAAGACAGAGUGGUGCAAAAAAAACUGCGCAGUGCAUCCUGCAUCUGUGAAGUUACCUGGAUGGGUGGAGGCCGAAGUUGACGGAGAGCCAAUGCUGGUACAUGGAGACGUUGAGGCAAGUGUUCUUUGGCCAUGGGACAUGCUUCAUUGGCUUUUUACAGCAGGUAAGUUCAACCAGUGGGUCAGUGAUGAUCCGGGAUUGGCGCCUGACAAAGUUGCCCAAUAUUGGCGGCGCUGUCGCCAUCUUGAGUUUUUUCAGGAGCUGCAACUUGAUGAGCGUGAUUUCGAUCGCACUGUUCCAAUCUUUUGGCACACCGAUGGGGUCCGCGUAUACCGUGCUCAGAAAGCAUGGAUAUACAGUUACUCGUCGGCUUGCAGAAAGGGUGAAUCGAUUCAAACGAAACUUGUGUACACCCUCAUCCAUGAGACUUCCAUCAGAAAAUUCUGCACACAUGACUGCGUGGCAAAACACAUUGGCUACAUCACGGACGUUCUGGCCACAGGGCGUUUUCCUUUGGCCGAUGAGAACGGACAUCCCUUUGCAGAAGGGACACCUCAGUGCUUGAAAGCAGGGACACCGAUAGCAGGACGUUGGUUGUUCCGCUUUGCUGGCUUCAAGGGAGACUGGGAGGCAAGGGCCAUUUGCCACAAGUUUGAAAGAAACUAUGCCUCCAAGAACAUCUGCGAGUUGUGUCCAGCGAGCCGGAGUGGAGAGAACAGUUUUGGAAAUUUCCACCCUGAUGCGCCCUAUCGGAGUGACUUGCUUCACAUCCUGCAUCAGGGGAUUGCAUGCGUGGUGAUACCGUCGCUGAUUACAGAUCACAUUGAGUCGCAAAAUCCAGGCUGCACGCUUCGAGACAUGGACCGUAUUCUUUUGGGAGACAUUUGGAACCAUUAUCGGAGUUGGUGCCGGCUUCACAGGAAGAGCGGUUGCUCUUUCAGGUUUAGCCUUGUCAAGUUUGGACGGGAACAAUGGAAUGUGUUUCCUGAACUUGGAAGUGUGUACAAGGCUGCAUGCGUCCGGGACAUGAUCCACUGGGCGUCAGCCUUCUUGUGGAACGCUCUCCAUGACUGCCCUGGUUCUGAGCUUCGUUGCUAUACCAUGCACUCGAUGGCAAUGUUCCAGACAAAUAUUGACGAGGCUCCUGAGUUCUUCGAUCAUGCUAAAGCUGUUGAAACUGCCAAUUAUGCACGGAUAUUUUUAUUGUUCUAUCAACGCCUGGCGAGUCUUCACAGACAGCGCUUUGGAGAAGAGCGGCGGAACUUCAAAAUUACACCAAAGUUCCACAACCUAGUUCACCUUGCGGACUACAUUGAGCAUAGUUGCCGCAACCCGCGGUUCCUUCACCAAUUUUUGCGCGAAAGGUUUGAACAUUGUUAUGGCGACGAGGACCUAAUGGGUCAUUUGAGAAAGAUCGCUUCUGCCACCCACGUGAGAACUAUGAGUGCCGUGACACUAGGCAGAUAUCGCGCAUUGCUGCUUCUCACAGAUGCUUUGGAUUGA